CAUGCAUUCUACCAUCUCUAAUAUAGUUUCAUAAUACUAGUAUACACGUACGAGUUCAAUUAAUGUGACAAGUGUAUGAUAUGCAGUUAUAAUUGAGAUGAAAAAUAUUAAGAUCAGUUCAGUCUGAAACAGUUCAGAAAUUUAAUUGAAGAUAUUCAUUAUGGUCCGGCCUCUUGUUCUUCUGACUUUUGUUUGUUAUUUAUUCGCGUCACCACCGGGAGCUAAUGCGUUUCAAGACGAUUUUGUAUGGGGCGUGGCUUCUGCAGCAUAUCAAAUAGAAGGAGGCUGGAACGCUGAUGGGAAAGGUGCAAGUAUCUGGGAUACGUUUACACAUGACAAAGGGGGAGACAAUGGAGACGAUACAUGUGACAGUUACAAUAGAUACAAGGACCAUGUACAACAUCUUAAAGAACUGAAAGUAACACAUUAUAAAUUCUCCAUCUCAUGGUCGCGUGUUUUGCCGUCUGGUAUUAUUGAGAGCAAAAACGACAAAGGGCUACAGUAUUACAAGAAUCUGGUUGCCGAGCUGUUGAAGAAUAAUAUAACCCCAGUAGCAGCUUUGUAUCAUUUUGAUCUGCCAACGGCCCUCCAUGAACAGGGUGGCUGGCUGAACGAAACAACAGUAGAUCAUUUUGAAGCGUAUGCAAGACUAAUGUUCACGGAACUAGGUGAUUCGGUUAAGACCUGGAUAACAAUCAAUGAACCCCUAAAAGAAGCGCAAAGGGGAUAUGGGGAUGGCACAUAUGCUCCUGGUAUCAAACAGGCGGGCACGGCUCCGUAUACUGUAGCUCAUAACUUAAUACGAGCGCAUGCCAGGGCUUACCAUGUAUAUCAAAACGAAUUUAAGGAUAGGCAGAAAGGACUGAUUGGCAUUGUCUUGAACUCUGAAUGGAUGAUUCCGGAAUCUCCUUCUGAUAAUGAGGCUGUCUCACGUGCUAUGCAGUUUACCACUGGUUGGUUUGCUGAACCUAUUUUCGGUAAUGGCGAUUAUCCGGAAAUUAUGAAAACCACAGUAAUGGCACGGUCUACUUCUGGAACCUCAAGGCUUCCAGCAUUCACCACCGACGAAAUAGCGAAAAAUAAAGGCUCCAGCAACUUCUUUGGAAUUACAAAAGAUCUUACCUGGAGAGUGAAGGACAAGAAAAGCAUCCAGCAAUCAAACGCCAGUUACUAUGACGACUUAAACGUCGAAGGAACAGCUAUUCAAAGGUCUCCCGAGACUGACCUGCGAGAACUACUUGUAUGGAUAAAAACGGAGUAUAACAAUCCCCUCCUGCACGUGUUUGAUGGUGAAUUCGGCGAUUGUGGAACCCUGUAUGACCAAGAUAGGAUAGACUUCAUGAAACAAACCAUGGUUGCGCUGAGAAAUGCAAUGAGCGACGGUGUACAGUUAGGUGGAUUCUUUGCUGCGCAGAUAAUGGACGGAUUUGAUUGGACGGACGGCUAUAAAACUAAGUAUGGUCUCUACCACGUUGAGUUUGGUAAUAAAGAACGCAUGGAGAAAGCAUCGGCACGAUAUUACAGAACACUGAUUCAGCAUAAUGGAAACGAGUUCGCCUAUCCAAAAUACUUUGUUCCUGAUACUAUCCGCCAGAAAGACGAGUUUAUGCAUGGGACCUUUCCACAGGGAUUCUCGUGGGGCGUGGCCACGGCAGCGUACCAGAUUGAAGGAGGAUGGAACGAAGACGGGAAGGGACCUAGUAUCUGGGAUAAAUUCUCUCACAACAAUCGGCUUGCCUAUGGUCAGACAGGAGAUGUUGCCUGUGAUAGUUACCAUAAAUACAGACAAGAUGUGCAGAAUAUCAAAAAAUUAGGAGUCUCACAUUACCGAUUUUCUAUUGCUUGGAGUCGAGUGUUACCUGACGGCCGGUCCACGUCGCUGAACCAAGCUGGUGUUGAUUACUAUAACAACCUGAUAGAUGAACUACUUGCCAAUGGUAUCACACCAAUGGUGACGCUGUAUCACUGGGACUUACCACAAGCUCUACAGGAGAUCGGGGGAUUUGAGAAUGAUACAAUAGUCGACUAUUUCAAUGAUUAUGCUCAAGUGUGUUUCGAGCAAUUUGGGGAUAGGGUACCACUAUGGCUCACAUUUAACGAGGCGUUUGUGGUGUCAUGGUUAGGCUAUGGUAUUGGCGUGUUCGCUCCAGGUAUCAACAGUCCAGGAGAUGGAGUAUACAGGGUGGCACAUAACAUCAUCAGAUCACAUGUAAAAGCCUACCAUACAUACGAUAAACUAUUCAGACAUAAAUAUCAUGGCAAAGUUGGUAUAACGUUAGAUUGCGAUUGGAAGGAACCUAUUACAGCAUGGGGGAUGGACCAUUACGCUGCUGAGCGGGCGCUGCAGUUCAAACUGGGAUGGUUUGCUAAUCCUAUCUAUGGUAACGGAGAUUACCCUGCUGUUAUGAGACAUGUCGUGGAUAAGAGAAGCCGAGAGGAAGGUCGCAAUGAAUCACGAUUGCCCGUGUUUACUGAAGAAGAGAUAAAAAUGAACAGUGGCUCCUACGACUUUUUCGGCCUGAAUCACUACACCACCCAGUACGUUCGACAUAACCCUGAUAACAGAAGAGAGAACUACGAGGGAGACCAGGAUCUAUACACAAAGACUGACGACUGCUGGCCGGGUUCGAAAGCAGGCUGGUUGAAGGUGAACCCCUGGGGAUUAAGGAGUUUAUUACGCUGGAUACGGGACAGGUAUAACAAUCCACCUUUGUAUGUCACAGAAAAUGGUUUUGGAGAUGACGGUGAAAUACAAGAUACUGGAAGAGUUGAUUACUAUAGGUCAUACACAAACGAGAUGCUGAAAGCUAUACGUCUCGACAACUGUAAUGUGAAGGGAUAUAUGGCUUGGUCUCUGAUGGACAACCUAGAAUGGACCAGCGGGUAUACUAUCAAGUUUGGCUUGUACAAUGUUAACUUCACAGAUCCAGAUAGACCUAGAACACCAAAAGACUCUGCAAGAUUCUAUACCCAGCUUGUAAAAGACAACGGGUUUCCUAGUAACUGAAUUACAUAUGACUGAAUACAAUUUUACCAAUUUAUUGUGCAGUAUGGUACAUGGAAUUUAUACAUUUAGACCGCAAUUUUCAUUUCAACAAAAUAUCAAAACAGUACAACCCCUAUUUUGGUCAGUUGUAAAGUGUAUAGGACAGAAAAUUCAGCAAAACUGAUAACUGAAGUUUUUUUGUUGUUUUGUUAUUGCUGUGAUAUAUGUAAGAGAUCCCGCAAUUACUGUGGCAGAAUUCUGUAGUAAUAUUUUUUGUUGGCUUUGGGGUUUCUACCUUAUGAAUCAGUGUUGUUUCGAAUUUUUAUCAGUAUACGUAAAUUACAUAGAUAUAAACACUUUAGCCAAUAUUCUACAUAUAAAUGCUAUACAUCUUUCUUAAAAGACAAAAUUUCGUAGGGCUUUAUUUCUUUUUCACGUCCAAUAUGUGGAACUUCAUACUUUGGAAUAUAGCAGCAGCAUACAGGCAAGCUGAUAAUCGUCAAUAAAAUAGAUAAUGAAAUGAAA